AUGAAGCUUUCGAAACUUGCAUUUCUUGGCAGCCAAAUCAUUGUGCGAGGCAGCGCUUUCUCAACAAAGGCCCCAGCUUGCGUUUCGCGACAACCUGCGUCCUCACUCCUUGGUCAAGAAACUCCUGCUGCCAUUAGAAACGUCAGCAGUCGGUCUCGAUCAUCCUCCACGAGACUAUUUUCUAGUGCAGUAGGAGGUGGACCCACGCUUACAAAUAUUGAUAAGGACGAGAUGGAGGAGAUCGUUGAAGAUUAUGAAAAGGGUGGAAGAGAAGAAUCUGGGUACCUUAUCAUGGAUGUGAGAGAAGAACAUGAGAUUGCGUCCACCGGGAAGCUUUCGCCAAACACAAUCACAUUUCCACUUCAAAAGGUUGCGCAAUAUGAUGCUUUCUCACUAGACGAAUUCGAAUUUGAAGAAAUCUAUGGAUUCCAGAAGCCAACUCCAGAUGAAACUCUUGUCUUUUCUUGUGCGGCAGGAAUCCGCAGUGUUCAUGCAGCCCGCUUCGCAGCCCAACAUGGAUAUACCAAACUUGUCAACUACAUGGGAGGAGCAUACGAGUGGUUCAACUAA